AACUUAUUUAUUUGGAGUGGGAAUGUUUGGCUUUAGUUACCUUUUACUGAGAAUUGCAAAACUAUCCCUUGGUCGAGGGCAACGAUGAGGAUCAGGUAAACGCUAGGCUGCGGUUCCUGAGUUCAGCUAAACCAACGUUGACGGGAAACUCGUCGGGACCGGGCAGAGCCACCCUAGAGAAUUCUACGAUAGCCUCCCGCUUUCUCCUCUUUCUGCGUCGGACAUCUCCCAGCCUCUCCCUCUCGUCCGUACUCAGCUUUCUAUCUUCAACUCUAUCAAUUCGCAACCUGAGUCACUCUUCACGUGAAAGAGUAAUCAAGGAGGCCUAUACUUAAAUCUUAGAUGGACAAUGCCGAGGAUGGUGAGAAAUUCAAGAAGACUGUUUUUGUAACAGUUGGCACAACAUGUUUUGAUGCACUUGUUAGAGCAGUGGAUACCAAGGAAGUUCAAGAGGAGCUGUUGAGGAGAGGGUAUACACACCUUUUCAUUCAAAUGGGGCGAGGAACCCAUACUCCCACGAAGUCUGUGGGAGGAGACGGUACUCUGAGCGUCGAGUACUUCACUUUUUCAUCGAGCAUUGCAGACUAUCUGAGAUCAGCAUCUCUUGUAAUUAGCCAUGCAGGAUCAGGAAGCAUAUUCGAGACAUUGCGGCUUGGCAAACCUCUAAUUGUGGUGGUCAAUGAAGAUUUGAUGGACAAUCAUCAAAGUGAACUUGCUGAAGAACUAGCAGAUAGGAAACAUUUGUAUUGUGCUGGUCCUCAGACACUUCGACAGACAAUAGCAAGCAUGGAUUUAGAUUCCCUCCUACCAUACCAUCCGGGUGAUGCCACACCAGUUGUGAAGCACAUAAACAGAUUUCUAGGUUUCCCAGACGACUGAUAAAUUGCAAAAUCUAAUACCUCAGAGAAGAACAACCUUCCAGAGUACGCACAUCUAGCCUACUAUACUUUUUCCCUUUUCUGCAAUAGACAAUUUGCAUGCUUUGGUGUCAAACAUUGGUGUAGGACAUUUUGUCUGUCCAAUUGAGUUUCCGUCGAGCCUUUUGUAUAGAUUAUAAUUUAUAUUUUGAGAUAUGGGAAGUACACUCUUAGGUCGUAAGAAAAACUAAGGCAUGGGGUUUCAUUCUGCUUUAAGAGUGAUCUAUGUUUCAUGCUAACAAUCCACGUGAAUGGAAGUCUGGAGUCCUUUGUAAUUA